AUGCCGUUCUUUUCCAAGGUCUUCAAGGGCAAGGAUGGGACUGUCAAAAAGUCAACUGCGCCGGUCGCAAACGGUCAUACCGACAAGAAGCCUCAAUGGUCCGAUGCUUGGAUAAGGACGAGGGUUGAUCCCGAGGAGGUCUCCGAAUUACUGCACCUGUGUACCGCGGAACUCAAGUCAAGAGCACUCGACGUUCCUUUCCUUCUGCUCCCCUUCCGUCCCUCAUCGGAUCCUUCUGCGGCGAGAACCUUCGUGCGCAACUUUUUCCUUCCACCUCAAGAUCGAGAACCGCUCAGAGGGUCGAUACUGGAGAAUGAGUUGCGCAUGACUGAGCCUCAGGUUCUGAUCAGCGUGAUGAAAUGGUGUUGGGCGCGGCUACCCGGCGGUGUUGUUACUUGGGAGGUUUACGAAGGCUUUCGUGUUGGAGAGAAAGAUUCUGGUUACGCGCGCGACGCCUUUAGCACAUUCAUCCCACUAGGUGCAGACUCCUCCGCCCGGGGACAGAUUAUCCAGGAUUUUUUCGACUUACUUGCCGCGACUGCUGCGCAUGGCAAGGCAAACGGUCUUGGAGGCCACAAGCUAUCCAGAUAUGCCGGAUGGUGGGCCUUUGAACACUAUGACAGUGGAAAAGGCUUUGAAACGGGGUACAAGUCAUGGGCAAGUGCUGCUGAUGCAACCGCUCAUCUAUUCUUCGCCUAUUUACGCUCACUGUCUCCCGGUGGUGGGAAGUCAAGUGGUAUCUUGACUCUACCCCGGUCAUUACAACAACUUCUCGACUCUACGAGCUAUCCUCCCAAAAGCGCAUUGCUAUCGAACAGUACUACGAAAGUAGUCAUGAUUGUAGACGUAGUUUCUCCUACGCCUUAUGCACUGCUGCGACGAGCAAAGAACUUCGAAUACAGGGACGAUGACCGUGAGCUACAACAAUUUGCAAGCUACGAUGACCCAGUGGAGGCAUUAACAGAUGAGUGUCGCCGUGUCCUCAAAGCAAUAUCUUCCGCAAACCAGUCCAGUGUCUCGAAUGCCAAGACGUCUACGAGUUUGGUCCAUCCGUCCUGGUCAAGAUUCGAGGAUAUAGGUUUCGGAAGUUCUCUAGACGAAGAGGAGGAUGAUGAUGGCGGUCUGCUGGGACCCAGGCCAGCCAACCCCAGGCCUCUGCGUACAGCACCUCGUGCGGGUGGAUAUCAGGAUCUUGCUAGGCCGACAACACCUUCGUGGGCAGAUUUCCUUUCGUCUGGCUUUGCCAAUGAGAAUGGCGAUACCGCUCAUGCGCCAAUCCUACUCCCUCCAGAUAAGAUCCUCCCGCCCAUAAAUUCCACCAUGGCAAGAGGUCAAAGUUCUCAAUCGCAUCGCAGACAUCUCGACUUACAACCCAAUUUGGAACCUGGCGAGCUUGCAAGCAUUACCAGGAUGGCUGUAGAUGAUUCAUUCUGGUGGGUAUGGAUCAGCAGUCUCGCACCUGAAGAAUUGACUUCACGAAAGGCGGUGUUCGGCCGCUGUGCGCUCAUAGAAACGGUUCUAUCAGAUGGUCAUUGGAUGGUCAUGGAAGAGCAAGUCAAGGGAGCUGCCCCAGAACCAGCUGUCGGCGCUUACAUCGCUGAGACGAAGAAGUCGUUUCUCGGUUUCACGACAAAGCGUGGACGCUUAACCCGACGUCGCUCGCAAACGAAGAAGAGCCCUCUGACCCCGGGGCCACACCUCGAAGGCGGCAAUAGAGCCACAUUGGCACCAGACCAGCAAGCUAAAAUCCAGCAAGCUGCAGCUGAACUAUCGAAGAAGAAGGAAGCUGAAGAACGGGAGAAAGCCGCGUCUGCUCGGAGAGGACGUGCACCCGAUAUGGUCAUACCUUCCAAGACCAACAGCAUCUUCACCAUCGGACCACUCAUUAAGGAUGAGGCGUCACCGGCACUCCAGUGGGCAAGUCAGUACGACAAGAAAGCCAUCCGGGCUAAGUACCUGGGCGACUCCAUGGCCGGCAAAGGAUCGCGCGAAAUGUUGACUCUUCCCUCGGGCGGUCUUAGCAGGUCUACGUCGACUCUCUCCGUGGUGAGCAAAAACAAAGACCUGCCAGCUCCACCUGGAAACGAGUCCCGACCUGCUCUGUCCGCGAGGAGCCAUUCAGAAGAGCCACUUGAGAGAGCAAAACCAAAGUCUGCAUACCCUGCUAGCGAUGCCGCCCCCAUUGUGGUCGAGCCAACACCUAUUCCAGUUGUAGCUCAGAUUCCCGUCGAGAUAAAUCCUGCGCUCGAGGCGGCAGAGAUACCCCUGCCUCCAGCGACACCUGAGAUCAGCCAGGAGGCAGCCGCAAAAACAGCCCAGCCGCCCAAGCAACAUGCCAAAUUGCGAAAAUCUAUUGACCAACACGGGAAACCACCCGAGGAGAGAAAAAGCAGAGGCAAGACCCCAACCGGGCCACCGCCAGUGCAGCAUAAGAGCGGCAUCCGUCGGUUGUUCGGUACCAAGCGAUCCAAGUCAAAGGAUUCCAGGGGCCGAGAACCCAUGCAGUCGGAAGAACGGCCUGCUUCGCCCGUUGACGAGGAUCCUGCAGUUGCCGCUGCAAGACGCGCAUUGGAAGGCCAGCCUGCGGAACCUGGUGAUGGACCGACAUCGCCACCUCUUAGUCCAGGUCAUUUUAUGGGUUUGGCGACGGCGAAACCACCAAAGGCUGUUCAGAAUGAGGCACCACCGACUGUAUCCAUGAGCGCUCCUGUGGAGAUGGGGUCGACACCGCAUCUCCCCAGUCAGGCAGAGCCUCCUGCCGAAGCGCUGGCUGCGCCACCAAGGACGCGGAGAGACGAGGAGUAUGAUCAAUUGUCUCGCGUCGAUACGAACGAGCGAGAGCAUGCUGACAAGGAGUUUUCGACCUUCGACCAAGGGCCAUUACUUGACCAGCCCGCGUUUGUUCCAGCCGAUACACCUACUCGAAGCGAGUUUGCCACCCCCGCGGAAGAAAUGCCCGCUCCAACGAUGAACAUAUACUCUGCAGUCACGGCAGGGCAAGAAGAGAGCUCGGUAGAUGAAGAAGAGCCAUCUGUAUCCGUCGAGCAGGUCAACCCCUCAGAUCGCUGGGCUCAGAUACGCAAGAACGCAGCUGAGAGAGCCGCAAGACAAUCUGAAGAGCAGACGACCCGUAGUCGGACAGAAACACGCACUGAUGAUGGCGACACUAGUGGAGAGGAGACAAUUGAAUCCCGCGUGGCACGAAUCAAAGCGCGCGUGGCUGAACUCACUGGCAACAUGGACAAUACCAGGCGUUGA